AUGGCUGCACCGGCAAACGCUGCCGUGAGGGAAACCAGACGCCAGUCAACGCCGCUGGAGCUGGAAAGGAUGGAUGUGUCCAAGGCACUUAUCGCGGCGGAGCACUCGCGACGCCAAUUUAUCCUCAACUUCGCCGCCAGCCGAAACACGCAGCUCCUCAUUCCUGGCAAGAAGUCCGAUGCUGUCAAGGUAGCCGAGGAGUGGGUUGCAGCCUGGCUGAGCCAAAACGGAUACCAAGCGGUGAAGAACGAUUUUUUCAGGUAUACAGUCGACGCCCGCUUGUGGGCGACUCAUGUGGGAGACGACAUCGAUUUCCCAUUUGCAUUCAUGCGAGGAAGAUUCGAGACGUCCGUGAGCGACAGCUCAGAAGCCGACGACAAGCGCCCGGACAGUAAGACCUCUCUGGUUGCCAAGGAGAUCGAGAUUGGCGAAGGAGACAUAAAUUCGACGCCCCCCGCGCAGCCCACGACCCCUGCUGGGCUUCGUUCUCCGAGGAAACAGCAGUCAGCCCCGUCCACGCCGCUAGCCCGCAGGCAGAGAUCGACUACGUAUCCCAAGCCCCACGAAAUCUCCCUCAGAGACCGAAGCAUGUCCCUGACAGGCUUCGAUGCCAUGAAGUCCCCCAAGGCUGGCCAGGACAAGGUCCCGUUCCUUACGCGCUUGGGUCGCUCCUGGUCACGACGCCUCCCAUCCGCUUCCUGA